UUUUGGUUACUAAACGACAAUAAUGCACAUUAUAUCAGCACAGCGAAGAGAGACGCGAAACGACGCUGAGCAAUAUUAUUGCGUUUAUAAGCCAUAUCGACAUAGGAUCUGCUGCUUUUCUUAACAACGGCGACAUCAGGAAACAGCUGCAUCUUAGGAACUUCUUCUUAAGAGCCCCUAAUGUUACCCAUGUCAAUGCUCUUUUAUGCUGUUUUAUAUUAGGAUUGAUACGACUCGUUGACAUGAGAAAAAAUAAGAUUUCCUGCUGCAUCAUAAUAGCCUACUCGGACAUUACAGGUCGUACCUCCACGAGAAAGUAUUAUGGUCCUAUUGUCUGUAAAAGGUGAUGAUAAAAUAAAAACAGACCAUCACAAAAGCUAUAAUGUCUGUAGUAGCUGGAGAACUUGUCACUGAAGAGGAGGUAGAGGAUCUGGCAGAGGACAGUCUCUGUAGCAGCUAUGUGUCUGACACCGAAAAGAAAUCAAGAAAAAAGAAAGUUUCAGGCAGACCAACUCCUUCUCCUAGGUCACCAUACCUGAACAGUGCAAACUUGCAUCUGAAGAGAACUCCAGUAGAAUCGUGGAGGACAGUGAAAGGGACACAGCUUCAAAACUAUAAAACCUCUCCGGCUGGUACACCAAAGGACAUCUGGCUGCACUUACAGAAUGAUGGGCAUGGGACAUUGUCAAAGUCUCCAAAAGGUGCGGAUUACAGUGUCACACUCGAAUACUUGAAGGAGGCCUUAGGAAUGAAAAAGCCAAAAUAUUCCCGCUCUGCAUCCAACGGUUAUGUCCCAGGGACCCCAGACUACAAAGAUAAGGAGGAAAUGUAUGAUGAAAUAAUUGAUCUAAAAAAGACUGUCCAGUCCCAAAAGGCUGAAUUGGACAAGAUAAAAGCCAAGCUGCGGCGUCUUGAAGAAGAAAGCACUAAGAAAGACAGACAAAUCGAACAGCUGUUGAAGGACCCAGAGUAUGUGAAGGGUUUAGUGGACAGAAAGACUGAUCCUAGAUCGAUCAUUAACGGACUAAAACAGAGGAUUCUACGAUUGGAGCAGCAGUGCAAAGAAAAAGAAAAUGCCUUAAGUCAGCUUCAGAGUGACGUCAAAACUACCAACACACAGGAAAUGAAGAUCACUGUGGAAACCUACUUUGAAGAGGUUCAAAGAUUGCAAGCACUUUUGGAGUCAACUGAAAGAGGUAAUAAGGCAGAGAGCAAAAACAUCAGGCGGCAGAAUAAGACCCUAAGUGCAACUGUUCUGAAACUCAUAAACACUGUUCAACACCUGGAGAUCGAGAACCAGGAGCUCAAAAAUGAACUGAUACUGGAAGAGAUGAACAUGAUUGACAGCCCUGCGUGCCGAGCCAAGGAGAUGGAGUCAUCUGUGAUUAAAGAGAAUGAUGUGCAUUUGAGGAAGGCAGUUAAGAAGCUCGGAGAAGAGAAAAAGGAACUACAGGAAAAGCUAACCCAGAGAGACGAGGAGCUAAAACAGUUAUUUGCUGAGAAGGAUAAGAGUCUGAAAGAGGUAGAUAUUUUGCUGAAGGAACAAAUCAGAAAACAUGAGGGACUGAUGCAAACACACAGGCAAGAGAUGGCUGCACUGACCAUAGAAAUCAACUGUUUAAAAGUGAAACUAGAGGAGGAAAGAAAACUCAGAUUACUACAAGAUUUAAGUCAGGUUCGGGACGGGUCUUUGUCAUUCACACGCACAGAACCAUUGUCGUCAUCAGCGGUCGUACCGAUAGAGAAGAACAGAGCAGCUAAGAUCAUCCAGAUGCACUGGCCCUCACAUCGAAUACAGGAUCUAGUUCUUUUACAGUCCUGUCUCAGAGGGCAUCUAAUCAGGCAGAGGCAGUUAGAUGGACAGAGUCAAGCAGACCCAAAAACCAUCCCUGUUGCCAUGAGCCAAUCAGAUAUGAAUGUACAGGAAGAGGAAAUGACUCUGCUGCAGUCUGUCUUUAGGGCUCAUCUCAAACGCAGCACUCUGACGAUGGACAGAGCAUCUGCAGUAACACAGUCUGCAUCUUCCAUACAUCAGAAAAAGCUGCAUCUCUCCACUCCUCCACUGCUGCCCAGAGGCUGCUCACAGGCCGUGUUUGCUAACAAAAUACAAACCUCAGGUGUAACUCAGUAUAAUAGUGAGGAGACUGCAGAGGAACUACAUCCUGCUAAUAAUGAUAAGAUGACAAGACAAGAGCUACAUGACAAGAGCGCAAUACCAGCAGACCUGAAGUUCCACCAACAGCAACAAGCCAAUGAAACUCCAAACACCGUCGAUUCAGACGACUCUGAUGACAUCAUUGUGUCUCCUUCAAAGCUGCUGGGAAAAAGAGAACAAUGCUUAAGUCCGUUCAGUGCUAAUGACUUGAUUUAGCUUCUUUAUUUACUAUUAGGAGCUUUUUUUUCUCACAUAGCUUGGAACACACACUAUUACCUGAGCAACUUAAAGUGGAAUUGAAGCGGUAAAAAAGUACUAUAUAUGGGCAAUAAUGACUCUACAGAGAAGAACAUGGAUCAUGGAUGAUGAACAUUCAAACAUGGUUUUGACACACUUUAUUAUUCUUUGACUUCUAGGUACUAAGCCUUCAAAUAAGGGACAAAUUACAGAAGAUGCGUCUUUUCAUUCCAAAAGUGCCUUUUGUUGAAUGACCAUUUUUAAUGAGGAUCAGGGAUUUAAUAUUCUUCUUUUCAUUGUAGAUCAAUAUACAUAUUACACUUAAGCAGGAUAUCACAUAAAAUAUAUUUAAGCCAUUUAAGUGUGCAUUUAAGGUACACCUCUGAUUGAUACAAAAGGUACUAUGAAUCUUCACAAAUGUGAGUGAUGUACGCUGUAUAAGACAACUUUGUUCAGAUUGGAGAAAAAAAAAUGAAAGUAAAUACUGUUUCACCUUAAAUGUUGUCA